AUGCUCGAGAGUGGUCUGACUAGAGCCAGCUUCCGUUUUGUGGACCACCACGAGUACUUCGCACACAAUUUCUCCCACGCUCGUGCUCAAGCCGUCUCGGCCUACGAUGGUCAGGUCGAGUUUACAGCUAUACUCAAGAGCAUGAUGAACUUCAACAUUUGUUUUUUCUUCGUUGAAGUUCGUGCCCUCGCCAGCGCCUUUGGCAAUGUUCGCUCAUUCGCGUACAUCGAUUCAAAGGGCUUCCGGGCCCUCGCUUCCGUGCCGAAUACUUCUCUGUGA